AUGCAUUUGCCACAAAGACGGAGACUCAACUGGAGGGCCGCUGCAGGAGCCACGGGUGCCCCGCCAGGCCGCUGCAGAGGAGGACCCUGGGACAGCACCCCAGAGGAAGGGGGCGGUGGUGAUAGUACUAGUGUUCUGGAGGUAGACGCACGAGAGGUGGUGACCCUAACCUCUAGCCUAACAGAGAGUUAUAAUGAUGACGCUAUCACCAGGGCUCCGACUGUGCUGGAGGGGGAUGACGUCAUCGUGAUCACUGUCAACAGGACGGACAUUAAGCACUGUAUCUACGAAGGAGAGUACCCAGAGGACCUGUUCACAGUGGACCAGAGGAGGCAGGGCUGGGUGACCCUCCACAUCCUCGGCAUGGUCUACAUGUUCGUCUCCUCGCCAUCGUCUGUGACGAAGUUCUUCGUCCCGGCGCUCGGCGUCAUCACCGUGAAGCUCGACAUCUCCGACGACGUCGCCGGGGCGACCUUCAUGGCUGCAGGAGGCUCCGCCCCCGAACUGUUCACCUCUCUGAUUGGCGUGUUCAUCUCCCAUAGCAACGUGGGCAUCGGUACCAUCGUGGGAUCAGCAGUGUUCAACAUCCUGUUUGUCAUCGGGAUGUGUGCCAUCUUCUCCAGGGAGAUGCUCCACCUCACCUGGUGGCCCUUGUUCAGAGACGUCUCCUUCUACAUCAUAGAUCUGAUCAUGCUGAUCGUGUUCUUCUUGGACAACACCAUCAUGUGGUGGGAGAGCGUAAUGCUGGUGUCGGGUUACGUGGCCUACGUCUGCUUCAUGAAGUUCAACGUGCAGAUCGAACACUUCGUCAAGACGCAGAUCAACAAACACAAGAGCAUCGUCAAGAUCAUCAUGCCAGAGGAGGAGGAGAAGGAGAAGGAACCCAAGAAG